GCUCAGCUGACCAAUCGUGCGGUUUUUCCGUUCGUUUAGACCACACGUCAGUGUGAUUGUUGUUUGGGAUCUGUACUAUCUAGCCAGCCAUCUUAGCUAUUUAACAACAACAGUAUAUUUAAUCAACACUACCCUACUCCAAGGACGAAUAGAAGUCACUACGCGAAAAUAAUGAAUAUGUUACUAUCCAAACCAGUGACGUUAGACAACUGACUGUCUGGACAGCUCAUAUACUCGUUGCCUAGGAGUUUUCUGUCGCAAGGGAUAAUGUCCCAUCACUGAAGAUGGGAGGCAGUGGGUCCAAGAUGAAAGGUGCUUGGCCAUUUGCUGGUUCAGGAGCUGGAGGUGAUUCAGUCAGUGAGGGGCAAGAAGACCAGUCUUUGACCCGACUCAAAAGGACCAGAAAAGCAACCCCAUUUAUUUUCACAAGAAGGAGCUCGCUUUACUAUGACGAGGAUGGGGACCUGGCUCAUGAGUUCUAUGAAGAGACUGUGGUGACAAAAAAUGGCCGGAAGAGGUCCAAGCUGAAGAGGAUUCAGAAGAACCUCAUCCCUCAGGGAAUUGUGAAGCUAAACCACCCCCGGAUCCAUGUAGAUUUUCCUGUCAUCCUCUGUGAGGUGUGAAUAACACUGGGCUGGUCUAAUGUGGAAAAGACACCUGUCAGUCAACGGCUGCCCCACACUACAACUGCUCCAUCUUGAACGCUGGUGUUCCUCUGAGAAGAUGGAUGAGAUGUCUGACUACAGCUGUGGACAGACCACCAAUGCUAUGUUGCGGAGAGAAAGGGGAGGCGGAAUAGAUGUUUUGGUGAAAGAUAGAGAUAGAGUAAAAGUAUUGCCUUCUGUGACAUGUAGAGAAGUGUGUGUGCAUGCGCAUAUAUGUGUGUGUAGAAGAGAAGGGUAGCUCAAGAUAAGGGAAGGUUUAUGAAUUCCCACAGUAUAUGUUGAUCAUUUUCAUGUUGUAAUAUUAUCAUAUCUAAGUCUGCCUCUGUGAUUGGAGCCAAGACCUGCACUAGUGAACUUUUAAUGUAAAUACAAAUAAAAAAACCUGUGAGUUGGAAAUACUUGAAUAAAUGGUUUACCAGGCUAAAA